UUUAUAUUUGUGCCAGUCUAAUAAGUAGAUCACUGGGUAGAGGCUCUUGUAAGUAAGUCUAUACGUACUGCACCAUUUCCUGGCUCAGUGUGCUCCAGCGUUGCAGGCUGUGUGCAGUGGGGGAGGUGCCAGAGCUGAUCAAGCAGUGUAAUUUUAUACAUUACUGAAUCAGUGCAGGAGAAACCUGGAGGGACAAAGCAUCAUCUUCUCUUUGGACUGCACUGUAAAAUCCUACAGCUCUCUUAUCCCAGCCAUGCUCUGAUACGUUUUUUCUCUCCUUUUUCUGAUUUUGGUGUGAAUGAUAAGUGAUCUGAUGAUGGCUCUCGUUAUGGAACCUAUUAGCAAGUGGAUGCCCAAGCAAGUAGUGGAUUGGAUGAAAGGCCUUGAUGAUUGCCUCCAACAAUACAUUAAAAAUUUUGAAAGAGAAAAGAUCAAUGGUGAACAGCUGCUACACAUCACUCAUCAAGAGCUUGAGGAACUGGGAGUUACUCGCAUUGGCCACCAAGAACUGAUACUGGAAGCAGUUGAUCUGCUAUGUGCAUUGAACUAUGGUUUGGAGACUGAGAACCUGAGAACUCUCUCUCACAAGCUGAAUGCCUCGGCCAAAAAUCUUCAGAAUUUUAUAACGGGUAGAAGGAGGAGUGGCCAUUAUGAUGGCAGGGCCUCCAGACGACUGCCAAAUGAUUUUCUUACCUCUGUAGUUGACCUGAUUGGUGCUGCCAAGAACUUACUAGCCUGGCUGGACAGGUCUCCAUUUGUCAGUGUGACAGAAUACUCACUACUGAAAAACAACAUUGUUCAACUGUGCCUGGAACUAACAACCAUUGUACAACAGGAUUGUACAGUGUAUGAAACAGAAAACAAAAUUCUUCACGUGUGUAAAACCUUGUCUGGAAUUUGUGACCACAUCAUUUCACUCUCAUCUGAUUCUCUGGUGUCACAGUCAGCACAUCUAGAGGUAGUUCAUCUCACCAGCAUUAUGCCCAGUGAAGGUUUGGGGAUGUAUAUCAAAUCAACAUAUGAUGGGCUGCAUGUAAUCACAGGAACAACUGAAAAUUCUCCUGCUGACCAGUGUAAGAAAAUCCAUGCUGGCGAUGAGGUGAUUCAAGUCAAUCAUCAAACUGUGGUUGGCUGGCAGUUAAAGAACCUGGUAAAUGCAUUGCGGGAAGACCCAAAUGGCGUGAUUUUAACCUUGAAAAAACGUCCUCAGAAUACCCUGGUUUCUGCUCCUGCCCUUUUGAAGAACGUCAGGUGGAAACCUCUUGCACUUCAGCCUGUAAUUCCAACCAGCCCAACAAGCAGUUCCACAACACCAACGAGUACAAUGGGUAUGUCCUCCAAAAUGGAAAACUCAGCACUCCAGGAUGUUUACAUUCUUUCUCCAAUGUCAGGACUUUAUGGCCCCAGGGAUGAAAUUGGCGUAAUGUCUUGUGAUGAUAUCAGCAAGUUUGGAAAAUCUGCAAUGAAAGGCUCUGAAUCUCCAAAUUAUUUUCUUGAGCAUGAAAGUGGUAAAUACUACACCUUAAUUGAAGGUGAAGGCCACCCUGUAGGCUCUGACUAUGAGAGAAGCAGAGCAACAGGGGUGCGGAGAAGAGAAAAAACACCCACUCAUGGUGAUUUAAGACCUGUUUCAAUGCCUACUGACUACAGUUGGAUAGGGGAAUCAAAGGAACAAAACAUAUACAAGAGAGGAAGCCGUGGUGAGAAUUCACUUCUGCGGUACCUGAGUGAUGAUAAGAUACUGGUUAUCCAAGAAGAGCCUUUGACACAGAAAGACAGCAAAAGGGACACAGGUCGUAGGUCAAGAAAAAAAGGCAAAAGUGCAAGCAGUCCAAACUACCCUAUUAGUCCAUCUAUGUUGACAUCUACUGUUAACGUUAGGCUUGAACCAGGACAGCAAGAUAUCUUGAAUUUCGCACUAGCAGAAAAUAAUACAGUUCCACUUUACCACUCAUUCCAUUACGCUUCUCUCAGGGUAAAAUCCAGAAAAUGGUCAAAAGGGAGCUCUCUGACAAGUGGAAGCAGAAGACGAAUUUCCUGCAAAGAUUUGGGGCAUGGAGAUUGUGAAGGCUGGCUGUGGAAGAAAAAGGAUGCCAAAGGUUACUUCACACAGAAAUGGAAAAAGUACUGGUUUAUUUUGAAGGAUUCUUCCUUGUACUGGUACACAAACCAGAAUGAUGAAAAAGCAGAAGGAUUCAUUAGCUUGCCUGAGUUCAGGAUAGACAGAGCAAUUGAAUGCAGAAAAAAACAUGCCUUCAAAGCAUGUCACCCCAAAAUAAAGAGUUUCUACUUUGCAACAGACUGCCUUGAAGAAAUGAAUAGAUGGAUGAAUCGUCUGGGUCUUGCAGCAAUUGGUUACACACCUGAGGACAAGGAUAUUCAUCCUGAUGAAGAUUACUGGAGUGAAAGCGACCAGGAUGAUGUUGAUGGCUCUUUAACCCUGAAGCAGGAAGGCUCCUCAACACUGUGUGACUCUUAUCACCGAACACCUUCAGUGACAUCGUCAAGUCCAUUCCCUGAAGCCAAACAUGGACGACACUUUUCAAGUGAAUCAACAUAUUCCCAUUCCUCUGCUGAAGAUUCUCGACAAGAGGUAGCAGGAAGCACACAUUCAUCAGGAUGCAGACCUCCCUACCGAGAAAGACGCUCAUGGCAGGAUCUGAUAGAGACUCCAUUAACCAGUUCAGGGCUCCAUUUUCUCCAAACUGUUCCUCCUGAUCCAGAAUACGUGAGUGGUCAGCCUGGAAUGUCACCAGAAAGACGAAGACAAGCAACAUUGCCAGUACAGAAGCGUCAUAACUAUGAACAGGAUGGGCCUUUCCCUUUAGUGGAAUGUCAGAGAGGACACAGCUCUCAUAGCAGGCCACAGAAGCAACGUAGUCAAAGCCUUCCACGAAAUAGAGAUGUCAGGGGUAAGGGGCGUGUGAAGUCCAUAGAAGGAACAGAGGACAACUUGGAAGAGAAAAUUCCUAUUAGAAGGCAUAAUAGUUUUUGUGCAGAAGAAGGCAUAAAAGAAACUGGAGAAAAGUUAGAUGGUCUACAAGAGCUUUAUAAGUCUCUGGAACAAGCCAGUUUGUCAGCUUUUGGAGAACAGCGCCCUUCCACCAAGCAGGAGUUCCGCAAGUCUUUUGUAAAGCGAUGUAACGAUCCAGUUAUCAAUGAAAAGCUUCACCACAUCAGAGUACUCAAGAGCACUUUAAAAGCAAAGGAAGGGGACCUCACAGUUAUCAACAGCCUUCUGGAUGAUCCCAACUUAACAUCAAAGAAGUUUAAAGAUUGGAAACUAAAGAACUAUGAGUUUUUCCUGGACAUUUGUGAGUACAGUGCAGCUCUGAAAUCUCAAAAUGGAGCCUCUGAACUUGCAACCUCAGCACCAAUGCUGACACAUACACAUUCAUUCAUCGAAACUCACGUCUGACAGGACUCGUAUCAUGAAUAAUUGCUGGGUGCCAUGAAAAAUCAGUAAGACAAACACUGUAAUAUUUAUAAAUAACGUGCUCAGCAGUACUGUAAAUAAGUUGGAUAAGAGAAUAGUGCCACAGGAUGCCUACUACAUUGCAUGAUAAGACAAUAAUAUUCUUUAUUAUUUUUUUUUGUUUGCUAUUAUCAACCAAUGUCCGUAUAAAGCUCUGCAUUAGAAAGAAGCCGUGCAGAAGUGUAACUGAAAACAAACACCAGUAUAUUUAAAGUACUGUACUAAAAUCAAGCUUCUAGUAUGAGCUCCUGCAAUUUUAUAUAUUUAGAUAUAUUUAAAUAUAUCUAUGUAUAUAAAACGUAACACAAUAGUUGGUAUUUACUUUUUAAAUGCUCUACAGUUCACAUUUUCAUGUUUUUCUUGAGAAAAAUAUAAAAUGAAAACAUAAAGACAUUGGACACUCUUAGAGAUGAACAAUUAUUUUUGCUACAUUUCCAAGUAGUGACCAUCUUUGCAAAUAAAAGGACAGAUUUAUCAAAAUGUAAACUCAAUCCCUAUAGUGUGCCUUAAAAUGUACACUGUACAUCUAGCAAAUAGAUCCCAAUCUGGCCCUAUGGGCAUACAGUAUAUGCCAUUUAGAUACUGUGUUUGUAAAAUACUGUGCCUGCCUUUAAAAUGAAUGAAUAUAAGUGUGUAGGUGUGGCACAGAAGUUAAGAUAAUGAGUAGAACAAUAUUGGUUGUUCACUAAUGCUGCAACUUACGCUGCUUUUAACAUAAUUUGAAAUAUUUCAUGGUGAAAGAAAAACAUCUGCACUGAAUAUGGCACAUUCUGCAGGUUUUCAUAGUUUCUUCACUGUGAAUUUAAGUGACGCAUGCCUGUGAGUCACACAAUUCAAAAAAGCUCUGAUGCUUCAAAGAUAAGUAUUAAGUAAAAGAAAUCAAAAACUGAACCAAUCAAUUAGAUUCUGCAAUAGACUGGCAGCUGAAGCAGAGUAAAUUAUUCAAAAUUAUAAUAAUGUCUGGCAAUAAUUUUUAACUGUUAGUAGUACAUCAGCAAGCGGGUGAAGUUAUUCAUUACAUCACUUGAAAAAAACCAGUCUGUAUUGAUUGGUUUUGUAAAGACACACAGGUCACAUCAUGUAUUUCACUUCCUUGCUUGGAUCAGAAUGAAUCAGAGUUUGGAGAAAAUUCUUGAAAAAAAAGAUUGCUCUGAAUGUUACUGAACAUAAGUUUCCAACACAGAUUCACAGUUUUCUUUGACUACGCUUGCUAGAAUAUUUCUAGAAAGCAGGACAAAGGAGAUGUGAAUUCAGUUGAUGUCAUUUUACUUAAACACAGAUAUUCACUGAUAAUUUUCCAUGAUAUAAACCUGUCUCUCAUAUACCAAGAACUAUAAAAUUCAUACAAUUCAAUAUAACAUAGGAAAAAAAUGUUAUCUCAAAGAGUUUCUAGUGUCCAGAAGGAGAUUUAAGUAUUCACAAAUACUUAAAAAUUUGUGGAAUGGGUAGAAGUAUUCUGUUUGUUUAGGACAGUGCCCAUCAAGCAGCUGUGGCAAGUUAACAGGACACAGGGAGAAAAGCUCAUGGGUAAGAAUAAAGACAAAAAGAUCACUCAGCAAUUAUAGACUCAGCUUGUGGAAAACUACUUAAAUUAAUAGUUCAUUAAAAAUAGAGCAAGAUAAUGAGCAGCAAAGACAAAAUUAAAACCAUCUACCCCCACACUGUCCCCCUUCUACACAGGCUCAAUUCCUUUCCUGGCUCUUCUGUCUCCUCCCACUCUGCUCAUCAUGAGGAUGGGGAAUGGAAGGCUGUGGUCAGUCUGUGACAUUCCAUCCCUGCCACUCUUUCUGCCUCACCCUACAUUCCUCUACUCCAGCAUGGUGCCACUCCCAAAGAUACAGUCCUUGAUAGUUUCCAGUAUGGGUCCUUCCCACGGGCUGCAGUUCUUCCAGAACUACUCCAGGAUGAGUCCAUUCUGUGAGAUGCAGUCCUUCAGGAGCUCACUUCUCCUGCUUGUGUCCUCCAGGCUCCUUUGUGGGCUCCCCACAGGCUGCAUCCUCCAUCAAAGCACAUCCAUCCACUGCUCCCAGUGCUCCUCCACAGGGUGCAGAGGAUCUUUGCUCUGAGAACAUCCCCCUGCUCUUCCUCCUCUGAUCUUGUUAUCUGCAGUAUUCGCACUCUCUUACAAAUGGUGCACAGCAUUUUUUGUCCUGUCUUAAAUAUGUCAUCAGCUUUGCUGAUGGUUGAGCUUUGGCCAGUAUGGGGCUUUUCUGGAGGUGGGCAGAAAGGCUCUGUCCUACAUGAGGACAGCCCCUUGCUCUGUUCUCACACAGCCACUCCUGCAGCCUUUCUGCUACCAAAACCUUGCCUUGUCAACUCAAUAUAGCCCUGAAGAAACACAACUCAGAUUUGAUUUUUAUUAUCAUUUUCUUUGGCAUUUAUUUGAACCACAGUGGGUACAGUUUAAACAAUCUAGAAUAGUAUGAGAUGUUAUUAGUGGGGAUCUGUUACUUGACAGCUGUUUUGAGUUCUUAUCACAGAAGCAGCCGAGUCACAGCAUCACUGCAGCAAAUACAUUUAGAUAGAACAUGCAACAUAAAGGCAUAUUUGACGUGCUUUAGUAAAUUAACUAUAGACUUGACAGUCGCAGAAGACAAUGGUUCCUUAUAUGCAUGCAUCAGAGUGGAACAGAAUCACGUUAUACAUAUCAUACUGAAUAUUAAGCAUACACUGAAGGCUCUAAUACCUAAAGUCAUAAAAAAAACAUACUGGAAAUAGAGAACAAUAAUUUGUCAUAAAAAAUUGGAGUUGCAGUAUUCAUGCAAAAUGAAAAACUGUUUAAGCACAUUUGUUUGUAUGUGAAUGCUAUAGUUACUGAAUAACUGAAUAGCAAAAGCAUUAACAGAGGGAAUUUAUUUAACUUUUUUCAUAGCAGAUCUCCGAAGGAUAUUUCACUAUUUUUAAUACCAUCCUUCAUCUAACAUGAAAUAAAAAAUAAGCACUGAUGCAAGGAAAUGCACAAAUUAAACAAACCGUUUCUAAACCAAUUCAUACUUUAGGUGUAAGCAGUGAUAGAUGGUCACCAAACUAAGUAGAUCAAUCUUUCUAUAUUCAAAAACAAAUGUAAAGCUUGUAAGAUUCAAGAAGUAUUGCUUGUACUUUAUAGCAAGCAAAAUCUAAUUUUAAAUUAAGCAACACAAACAUUUUGUUCUUUCACAAAGGCUAACUGACAAGAAUUUUUACAUACUUCUUGCAUGCAUACUCAACUCUUCCUUCCCCACCACUAGUUUUUUCUUUCUGCAUGCAAGUACUAAUCCAGCUGAACUACAGAAAUCAAUGCACAAAGUCAUCACAGAGUAAUUAUUUGGAAUUUCAUGAUCUUCAAAAUGACUUGAAUGAAAGAGCAAUAAAGUUAUUGUAUCUAAAAUCCAUGUACCAAAUCCAAAUAAGUCAGUUUCUCCUGGACUCUAACUCUGUACAAUGCAGUUGAAAUUAUUAAGGUAGCAUAAAGUUUUUAAAUUAGGAAAAAAAAAGUUUGCUGUUGAGUUCUUCAAGGGAAAUAAGCAGCAUCAGUAGAUUCCACUUAUUAGCGUAACAGAUUUUCUGCCUGCCUGCUUAAACAAAAACUAAUUCUUACCAUAUAUAACUACACAAAGAGAUGUUUUGGCUGUGUAUUAUUUAUUCAGAUUGAAGUUAGCCAACUUAGUGUCUUCAGUCAGAAUUCCUGCAGACAUUUUUUUUUAAGCUGCAGGAAAAAUGUCCCUCAAUCCUCCCUCUCUGUGACUUCACAAGCUUAGUCUUUUUGUUUUUAACAUACAUUUCUAUAUAGCUGAUUUAAUGCUUGCAAUAAAUCGCUGAUUCCCCUUCUUUUUAAUGUACUGUUCUGUAUCCACUGAAUUCUUUGUUGAAAACUAUCUUAGAAGCCAUCUCAGUAUCGUUUCCUGGGAAUACUGGGGCUUUUUUCUUGCUUUCACAGAUGUUAGGCAACAACUUUACUGAAUUUAGUCUUGUUAAUAUUAACAAGAAGUAAUCAAAAGAAGAGGAGGUUCUUAUCAGUCUGUUCUCCAAAUUCUUUGACAGAAAUAAAAUUGUGAAAAUACUGACUCCAUACUCGAAGGCAGGACCAGUAGGAUUCUGUUUGUUCUCACCGAAAUCAACCUGUGUUGUACUGUGCAGGGAAUCUGUAUCCUCCACAAAAAAGCCAGUUGCUUUACUUCACUGGCAAAACCCACCUUACUGCAUCUUCUGCUUUCUCAAACACAUCACGAGCACUUCUUGCUCUGCAUUACAUUUUACUGCCAUAAGGAGAGACUGAUCGAUUGCUACUAAAAGAAAUUGGAGGAUGUGAUUUGAUGCCUUUUCCAAGCAGGGAAUUCUGAAUGUGAUCAGUCUGUUUAUGCUCAGAUCCAGACUGCUAUCUUUUCAGCUGGUAUUGUGCUGCAUUACUUGCUUUUUCCAAAGGAAAAAAAAAUGUGUUACAGAGAAUUGCUAGAUGUAUGUCUUGCUAAAUUCUUACUGUCAUCGGCAAUUAUAGCUUUCCAGACCAAAAUAAUUAUUCAGUUCAAAGUUUAGUGAAGGAUUGCAAAGGUACCUUUGAAGGGGCUACUUAAUGACGCACUGAGAAUUGCUCAGAAAAAUCUGUUUAUAGUACACACAAGUUCCUGUAGCAUAUUGUUAAAAUAAUGUAGCAUUUUGAUUUCACAAUGGAUUGUUUAUUUCUGCUUAAUUUUUCAAAUAGAGAAAUCAAACAGAAGGGCAUAAGUUGUUCCAAAAGUAAUGCCUACUAUUUAUUUCCAUGAAAAAGACAACAAAGAGCACAAUAAGACUAUUUGAUAGAGCAAAUGCUCAGCUACAAAACACUGUUUUUCAACACCAUUAGCCGAUUCGUGCAGAUGAACUGGUGAGGAUGCUCUUCAUCUUGUGGUAUGACAGCUGUGCAUGGCCAUCCAGAACAGGGCUUGUUUUUCAUAUUGCUGUCACUGCUGCUGAAAUGCACCACCC